AUGGCCGAAGAAGCCACCUCUGGGAAGCCUGCAGAUGAAGUCUGCCCCUUCCUUCUGAUAAAGCCGAGGCGAAAAGGCGUCGCCGGCCUCCGGAAGCGCCCGGCUCCUGGGCCCGACUCCUCCGAGGGCAGCGACGGCAGCAGCGACGAAGGUCACACCACCGUGGUGCGGCCCGGGAAGAAGCGGCCCCUGCACGGCCCGAUGAUCCAGACGACGCGAGGCGUUGGCCAGCAGAAGGCGUCGUGCGGCCAGCUGAGCAGCGAGGAGCAGCAGGCGCGGGAGUCCGAGGGCCUGGGCGUCGUCUACAAGUCCACCCGCUCGGCCCGGCCGGUGGGGCCCGAGGACAUGGGCGCCACGGCCGCCAACGAGCUGCACACGGAGACGCAGACGGAGCGCGACGCCCGGGCCGUCCUCGAGCGCGGCCGGGAGAUGCGAGAGGCGCGGCCCGGCCAGGGCGACGGCCGGGUCUACCAGGGCCUCCGCCACUACCAGACGCUCCCGAGGCCGCGCCAGGGCCCGGUCCGCGCCCCGGAGCACCUCCGCGCCACCGUGCGCUGGGACUACCAGCCCGACCUCUGCAAGGACUACCAGGAGACGGGCUUCUGCGGCUUCGGGGACAGCUGCAAGUUCCUCCACGACCGCUCGGACUACAAGCCCGGCUGGCAGAUGGAGCGGGAGCUGGGCGAGGGCCGCUACGGCCUCUGCGAGGAUGAGAACUACGAAGUCCGCAGCGACGACGACGAGGGGAUCCCCUUCAAGUGCCUCCUGUGUCGCCAGCCCUUCCAGGCCCCCGUGGUCACCAAGUGCCGGCAUUAUUUUUGCGAGAGCUGCGCGCUGCAGCACUACCGCACCACCUCGCGCUGCUACGUGUGCGACCGGCAGACCAACGGCGUCUUCAACCCGGCCAGAGAGUUGACGGCCAAACUGGAGAAGCGUCGAGCUUCUGGGCAAGACCAGGGCGCUCCCGACCUCCCCGAGGAUCCCGAUGUGGGUCCCACCCUGGUGACUUGACUUGUCGCCAAUGCUCGGCUCUCAGAAUAAACCCUGGCUGGGCAGA